AUGGAUUCUCAGUUGGCUACAGUCCUGACCAGUGGCAGCCUGGAUGUCCAAAAUGGCAGCCAGUGUACAGAGGGAUCAGGGCCAGUGACAGAGGUUUUUUUGGACCCAAAGGAAAAAACCUCAUCAAGUACUCUAGCAGACUGUGACACAGAGAACCUUCUUUUCAUAGACGACCAAGGAAUCCCAUACACUCUCAGUCCAGAUGGACUCAAAGUGCCGCAAGUCGAGGCUUCCACAUCAGAGGAUCCUCAGUCAGAUCAGGUCUGGAUCAGACAAAGGCUCCAGAAAGUCUUCACAAGUUUGAUUACAAACUCAGAUUCGUCUAAGGCCUCAGAGCCAUGUGUUAAAUCUGUUCAGGAGCCUAACGCUGCACUGUCCCAACCCUCUGGGAUAUCAGUCUCCAGCCAGUCCAUUCAGAUCCUUACAAACCACUCUACUAAUGCCCCGAUUCUGCUUUUAUCCUCCUCCUCUUCCUCUCCUCAGCUCUCCUCUGCUCCGGUGGGUCUCUCGCUUCCUCUUUCUGUCACUCAGACCUUACCUGGUGCUUCCACCCCCGUGUUACUUCUCCUUUCCUCUGUAACCUCUUCCUCUGGUGACUCUGCCUCUACCUCCACUCCUAUUGCUGUCCUUGACCCCACGACUGGUCAGUUGUCCCAGAUCACCACGGACUCAGCCCCAGUCUCCCUUCCUCUGCCCUCUGGUCGGGUCAGCACACUGGGUUCGCCUCUGCCAACGCUGUCUCAGCCUGUCAUAAGACUAAGCCCCAAUAACCCCCCUGUUAUCCUAUCAGGAAUAAAUAAUGUAAACUCCAGCUCUGUUCUCACCUCUCUUGCUGUCCCUUCACCCGCUCCUGCUCUCCACAACAAUCACCUUAACACUUCUGGAGGAGCCCUCAUUCACGCUCAGAUCAACUCUUCCGAUUCAAACCUCGGAAUUGAAGCCAUAUCUGCCGAAGAAGUCUCAAAUGAGAACAACAAGCCAUCAACUUUUACAGCAGCAGCAUCCUCUCCGCACAAACAGUGCGCUGCUAGUUUGACCUAUGACCCCUCAGCUCAGCCCAGCUCAGACGCAGAAGCCCGAUCACCAGCUUCAGAGCCCAAAUUUGACUCCUCUGACCUGCAGUCGGAACAUUUACCUCCGGAGGACCAUAUUUACUACUCCAGCGCUGCUGCUCCUUCCUCUCCUCCUAUCGGAAACAUACUCUCCUCUGGCAAACUUGACCCCCUCGACCCGCUGGAUCCUCUCUCUCCAGCAGCGUCACCCAAUGCCAUGAGCUCCCGCAGGGUGCUGUACUGCCAGCUGUGCCCACGGGUCUUCUUUUACCUCUCUGACCUUGAGCGCCAUGCCAUCACUCACUCACAGAAGAAGCCUCACGUUUGCCAGCAGUGCGGAAAAGCCUUCAAACGCUCCAGCCAUCUGCAGAGACACAAGCACAUCCACACAGGCCAGAGGAACUUUGUGUGCCCCAUAUGCGCCAAACGCUUCAGGGAGGCCGGUGAGCUGCAGCGUCACCAAAGGGUGCACACCGGAGAGAAACCCUACCAGUGCCAACUUUGCCACACGCGCUUUGCAGAGCGCAACACACUACGCCGGCACACCAAACGCAAACACCCAUACCACCAAGUAGCCAUGGAAAUGCUGAGCGAGAGGAGAGACAGAGGAGGUGGCCGAGGAGACGGCGGAGGCGGUGGAUCCACACUGCAGGAAGAGGAAGAGAGUGCCGAAUGGUACAGCUCCACUGUGUCUAAUUUGGAUAACUCGGAGUCUGAAAUGGAAACUUAAGGAGUGAUUCACUAACUUUCAAAGAAGGGAGCACUUGCAAUAUUUAUUUUAAUGUUUUGAUGCAAAUUUAUUUAUGUGAAUGUAUAUUAUUCCCAUUCCAUUUGAUGGGCCAAAAAUACAGCCUUCAAAGUCAUACAUGAUUUUGAAUUAACUUUCCUGUAUGAAAAAAAGUUGCAUAUAUGAAAGGGAGAGCUUGAAAUCCUGUUUUUUAAAAAAUGUGAGUUCAAAAUAUUAACUAUAAUGCUAACAUGUCCCCAUUGAAUUGCAUUCCCACACAAUCCAUGAUAAAACCCUAAAGUGCUCAAAAAGAUAAUUUACUAAAACAAUUCUCUGCUCUAGUUGUAUAUAUGAAGAGCUGCACUUCUGCACUAUCUUAUGUGAAAGAUGUAAUCUAUCUUUCUUACCGUCAGAGACACUGUGAGUCAUUUGCACUUGUUUUACUUUAAUCAAUAUUCACUUUUUUACAUUGUGAAUGAAAAUACUUACUUUGUCUUUUGAUUGCCUGUUGAUUUUAUGUAUUUAAUACAUAAUGUAAGAGUUGACCAAAUGUUUUGA